GUCUUGUUGCGCAGGCUCGGCGCCCACGACCUGGCCUGGUACCCGCGCGUCUGCAUCCUCUGCUGCUGGGCCGUGCAUCCCCGCCUGGGCUGCCCGCGUCCGGCCAUGACGGCGCACUCCUUCGCCCUCCCAGUCAUCAUUUUCACCACGUUCUGGGGCCUCAUCGGCAUCGCUGGGCCCUGGUUCGUGCCGAAGGGACCCAACCGCGGAGUGAUUAUCACCAUGCUGGUAGCCACCGCUGUCUGCUGUUAUCUCUUCUGGCUCAUUGCCAUCCUGGCUCAGCUGAACCCCCUGUUUGGGCCCCAGCUGAAGAACGAGACCAUCUGGUACGUGCGCUUCCUGUGGGAAUGACCAGCUGCUGCUUCCAUGCCCAGGUGUGCCAGCUCUCUGGAUGACCCUGGCUCGCCAGUUCCUGAUGGCAUUUCAGUCCCACCCUCCCUCCACAGCUGUGUCUUGGUCCUUCCAAGCUCCCUCCUGCUGGCACCCUGGGACCCGCACCUGCAGAGUCUUCCUGGCUCUAGGAGAUGCUGUCUUCCUAGCUGACCCUCAAGGAGACCCCUGAAGCAGUCAAGCUGCAGCAGGGGACAUCCUGCUCGUAGACACCCACUGCUCUGAGCUUUCUCUCCCUCCCAAGGAGAUCCUGGCUGACGAGCUGAUAUGGGUAGGAUCUUACACAUGGGGCAGAAGCCAGGCUUCAGCCCAGCCCUGGGUGCUCCGAACCCAGGGUGGGGAGUCGGGUGCCGCCACCCUACUAUGAAAUGGAAGGGCUCCAUGUGAUAUGCCCAAGGCUUUUUCUGGCUCUGGCCUCUAGAUAUGAAAAUUUCUAAAAAUGUUGAAGUAAUAGAGAAACGUUCACAUGUAAAAAGCAGCAUAGUCACUGGAUCAAAAUUGACCCAGCCUAGAUGUUGAGCAUUGUUUGUAGUUAUAGUUACUUAGAUUGGCUUGCUCAAAAAGUUGUGUCUCCUCAGAAUAUCCAGUUCCACCUCUUCCCCUGCCUGGGCGCUCCACUCUGUAGGCAGCUCACCACCCCAUCACCAGCCUGUCUGUCUGUGCACAGUGGCCACCCCCAGGAGUCCUGGCUCUGCCUCACUAGGCUGUGAUGGGAACAGAUUUCAGAGCAUCUCACAGCAGCAUCUGAGUGACCGGAGUUGGGAUGGGAGAGGGAGGAAGGCACAGUCUGAGGGGCACUGUGGGCACUGGCCGCCCUGGCCCCUGAGCCAGCACCAGGCCCUGUCUCCAGUGCACUGGGCUCCUCCAUGCUGCGGACAGCGAGUUGUGGAGAAGCGCCAGCCUAGCAAGGCUAAGAAAGGCAGAACAUGGCAUUCAGGGGGGCCCUGGGGACUCUCCAACCUUGCCCUCCCUCCUAGAGGACAGUGAGAGAGACAUCAAGACAGAGUUGCUGGGGUAGUCAGGUCAGAGCUCACCCGCCGUGUCUGGCUCCCAGCUGAGGCCCUUCAUUGCCUGGGGAAGAAUAGCCAGCCUCUUUUAUUUAUUGACUAUUUAUUUGACCUUCUUCCCAGUUAGAAGGCAUUGCUUUGGGAACGGCAAGAGAAUGUGAUGUGUCUCACCCAGAGGGCUCAGUUCUUUGCUGGUCAGGUGCUUGGGACCUCCUACUGACAAACACUUCCCCCAGAUUCCCUCUCCUAACCUUUGCAGUCCUUCCUGUGGAGUGAGGGUGUCAUGUGUGACUUGUACGAAAAACUCAGUUCAUGUCUAAUAAAUAAUGGUGAUAAAAAGGUUA